GUGUAAACAGUAGUGCAGGAACAUGAAGAGAUCGGAUGACAGUGAGAGGGAAAAGAGGAGAAAGAGGCGGAGACUCCUGCAGGAGCUGGGCGAGCAGAAGAUCCCCUUCCUGUCACCCUCUGACACCGGGUUCCAACAGCUAUGGGAGUCGAGCUAUUCAGGACUGACGUUACGGAGGGCCGGCAGCCUCCCCGUGGGUUUGGAUAAGCGAGUCCAGUCGGCCCUGUCCACCCUACGUGAGCGAGGUUGCCUCCUGAGGGAUCUGGUGCGCAUCCGAGAGCGUGACGUCUUCACAGCCGUGUCACGUGCCCUGGUGGGCCAGCCCGGGUGCACCUACCGCUACCUGGACACGCGUCUCUUCACCGUGCCCUGGCACUGCGACGAAGAUGAGGGCCUGGCACGCAACAGCGACGUCCAACCAGAGAAGUCCUGCUGCGACGCGGGCCUGAGAGUCGCCUGCAAGGCAUUAUGGGAGCUCAACCAGUUCUUCUGUACUGACGUGCACCAGCAGCAGCAGCAGCAGCAGAACACCCGGGGCAGCAAACGCAAGCGCAUCGAGGCCGAGGAGGAGGCCAAGGAGGACGAGGGGUGCGCCCUCGAUCAAACGAGCGAAGAGAAGGAGGAGAGGGAGGAGCAGAAGAGAGGAGAGGAUUCGGACAGCGGACAGGGCUGCUCUCGCUUGUCUCCUCCUCAGUCCUCGUCUUCCGGCCCCAUCCCGUUUAACGUUACGCUCAUCAACUACAUGGACCCCACCAACAUGAGCCAGCUGAAAGAUGAGCCUUAUUACGGCAUGGGCAAGAUGGCAGUGGGUUGGCACCACGACGAGAACUUGGUUCCGCUCUCGCCCGUCGCUGUUUACAGCUAUAGCUGCCCGGAGGAGAUAAAAGCUGAAGCGGUGAAGCCGGCAGAGGAGACGGAAAGACGGACCUCGAAUGAAGAAGAGAAGGGCGGCGGCGAAGGGACGAGCCGACAGGAAGCAGAGACCGAAGGGACGAGUAAAGGCGAGGGACUGAGAGAGAAGGCCUGCUGGCGAGUGGGGCUCAAGGUGGCCUGGGACAUACACACACCCGGCCUGGCCCUGCCACUGCAGUCUGGAGACUGCUAUUACAUGACUGAUGAUCUGAACAGGACACACCAGCACUGCGUUCUGGCCGGAGACACAGCCAGGUUCAGCUCCACGCACAGAGUGGCACAGUGUUCGACCGGCACGUUGGAGUACAUUCAGAAACGCUGCUUGGAGGCUCUGGAGAACUUGCACACGGAUCCUGAAACCGGCACCAAGAGCUUGCACUCACUGCUCCCCUCCUCCCUGCAGCACAUCGAGGACGUCCAUAACGAGGUUGAGUUCGAGUGGCUGAGGCAGUACUGGUUCCAGGGUCGACGCUACGCCCGCUUCUGCAGCUGGUGGAGCAAACCCAUGGAGUGCCUGGAGACCGACUGGAGGCUGAUGGAGAGGAUGACUCAGCUGCUGCUGGCGUCGGUGGAGGACGAGACCAACGUCCUGGAGAACCGGAGAGACGUGGCCGAGACUCUGCUGAACGCUCUCACCGACAGACAACAACACAGACAGACCUGGAGAGACAGAUGCCAGUCCAGCCUGGCGCUGACCCUGCCCCCCGAGGAGGCGCCUGUGGACCGGCCGCACUGGAGCGGCGAGGACCCCGACAUGCCCCUGCCCUUCGACCUGUCGGACAUCAUCAGCCGGGUGGAGUCGCUGCUGUGGAGGAUGUGAGGGUGUGUGUGGCUGGAGAGGGAGGAGGUUUAGAGGACUGAACGAGGUACCAUGAAGGAACGACUGGAUGUUUUUAAAGAACUGCACCUACCUGGGGACGAACACCUUCACACACACACACACACACACACACACAGUCACACACUCACACACACUCAUACACACUCACACAGAGCGAGCGUGAGACCUCAGCGCCGGGUGUCUGGACGGACGAGUGGAACGAAGAGUGAAACUCCAGGCCGACACGUUUUACUUCAUCUUUACUUUGUUUUCCAUCAUUUUACUUCAUAGCUGUUUAUCUGUAGUGUUACUAUGGAAACGUAUAUAUCAGCGUUCUAACGGUUUCAUGAGGAGAACUAGCGGCGUGUGUUUUUAUUAACGUCUCACGUAUACGGUGUACACAAAGCGCUUCGAACUGCACUUCUCUUCCUGCAGGGUGGCGUCCAGACCUGACCACAGGGUCCUCGCUGUGCUCUAGGUGUGAAUUUUGCGUGUCCAUACGGCUCGUCAGAAUCGCGUGUUUGCUCGAGUCACAUGUCUGCGGCGGUGAGGAUGUUGGUAGAUGUAAAGUUUCCGGACGCCCCAGUUUCCUAAAUUCGUGAGUUCUGGUGCUUCGGUUCCCCCCCAUGCGCACAACUUUUGUCCGGACAGCAGGAAGCUCCGGCGGAAUGAACUGGAAUGACGACCGGUGCAGACACACCCCCUGACGAGCAGAGGCUUCUAGAGGGAGGAAAGCACAGGGCAGCCGACUCCUUAGUAAUGCCUACGUUUUAGGAAAGCUUGCUCGGUGUCCGCAUAUCUUCAGCCUUCGCUCAGUUCUUGCUUUUAAAUGUGUCGUUUUUUUAAAUGAGUGAGAAUUAGGAUUUUUAGGGCAGAUUUUUAGACCGCGGGCCGCUUUUAUAGCAUAAAGAGGAAAAAAAUGAUUUCCACUCAGAACGCAUUCAAAACCAUGUGGUCGUAGCUUCAUUUCGAGGCUCUAAGUGAGCGAGAAUACGAGUGGACAGGGGUGCGGAUGCCCGUUUCAAUCAGUUGGCAUGUCCGGAAACGUCCCAGAGUGUGCCCGCUUGUCCAGAAAGCGCGUCCUGAGCAGUGUCGAUAGGUGGCCGGUUCUGAUCCUCCGGUUCUUGUUUUAAAUGCGUCGUUUUUUUAAAUGAGUGAGAAGUAGGAUUUUUAGGCAGAUUUUUAGACCGCGGGCCACUUUUAUAGCAUAAAGAGGGGAAAAAAUGAUUUCCACUCAGAAUGUAUUCAAAACCAUGUGGUCGUAGCUUCAUUUCGAGGCUCUAAGUGAGCAAGAAUACGAGUGGACAGGGGUCCCAGAGUGCGUCCGUGUGUCCUUCCAGGCUGAGCAGUGUCGAUAGUCGAUAGUUCUUGCUUUGCUAGCGUCCGCUCCCUUUGCUCUGCCGCUGGCUGGGAAAGGAACACGCCAUCCACAGUACACAAACCGACUUCCGAGGGACGCGGUCAUGACGGCGGGGGGAUCAAAUCCCACCGAGAAGGGAAGCACAAAAAAAACGGAAGGAAAAAGAUGAUGAAGAUGAAGCCAAGCAGAUUAUUGUGUUCCAGUAGAAACGCUUCAGCCUGAUGUUUUGAUUCGCCGAUUCUGUUGUGUUUUAUACAUUUAAGGUUUUAGACCAAGUUGCCAAAUAUUGUUCUACAGCUGCGUAAACGAUGUAUUAAUCCUCUGUAUUUUUAUUACUGUUAUAAUUAUUAUUCAUUUUUUAACAGUGUCGAUUAUUUUCUCUCUCUCUCUCUGCAUCCUUCUGGAUUCUUUCUUUAGUGCUCCGAGCUUUUCUGAAGCAUCGUGUGUGUGUGUGUUCUAAGCCCUAGCUGUGAUAGAAAAUAAAAAUUAAACAAUGCUGGUUUA